AUGUCAAGCACUACACCUCGGCUUACCAUAUCCGCAUCCCCUUCCCCCCCUGACCCCCCCUUCCCGGCGCCCGCCCUGGCCAGGGCGAUCGCGGACGAUGUGCGCGCGCGCAAUUUGCGCCCCGUGUUCGAGGCGCUGAUUGCGCGCCUGCGCGACCCCGCGGAACUUGAUUCGGUUGCGCGAGACGUUCGGACGCUGCUGGGGGAAGGGGAGAAAGGGGGCGCGGGGGGGAGUGGAGGCGGGAGCAAGAGCGGAAGCGGAAACGGGGAGGAGAAAGAAGGCGCAGCGGUUGGGGCGAAGGCCAAUGAGGAGCCCCUGGAUGCCUUCGUGGCAGCAUUCCUCCACGUGGUGUUUGAAACGGACCUGCUCGCUCAGAAGAUCAGCGUCGUUCCUUUCAUGCGCCUCGUGCCAAGGUUACCAGACGCAGCAAAGGUCAAGAUGAGAGACACGCUCAUCCCUAAGAUUCUCAAGUUCCUGACGAUAAAGCGGCCGCCCGAUGCCAGCCGGGCGGAGUUCUUUGUCCAUGCUGAGGCGUUUGCCGCCCUCGUGCACCUCGAGUUUGUCUCCAUUCAGGGCGCUGUGACCACCAUCCUCACGUUGCUGCGCAAGCCGGACAACCGCUGCGCCGCAGUGACCAUGCUGGGGAAGACUGUCGAGCUCUGCGCUCCCCAGCUGGUGGCUCAGGGCGACCCGGGCAAGAUGGAGGAGCUGAGGAAAGCCGUCUUGGGACUCCAGGAGGAGGCAUUUCGCUACGAUGUGAAUUACGUGAGGGACAGCCUUGGCUGGACAGACAACCCAAUCACCUCCACCACCUCUCCUGCUGCUGCUCCCAUCCACCCCCCCCUCCCUCCCUCCCACCGUCCCUCCCUCCCUCCCACCAGCUACGAUGUGAAUUACCCUUCCAGACAGUCUCCUAUGGCCCUUACUGCCGCUCCUCCCCUCAACCCUCCUGUGUCAACAACGCAUCAGCUGCAGGCGCAGGGGCUGGCCAUGCUGGUCCCACUCGACUCCUACCACGGCCAUCAGCACACCAUCCUGGCUGGCAGUGGGGGUGGAUGGCAGCAGCGGGGCAGCAGCAACACACCAUCAUUCAUGCCAUUCCCAUCCCUUGUUCCUUUGUUUCUCUCUCCCUUGUUCCUCCCAUCCGCCAUGCUGGUCCCCCUGGACUCGUACCACGGGCAUCAGCACACCAUCCUGGCAGUGGGGGUGGACGGCAGCAGCGACCAUACACACAAUCAUUUCAACCCAUCUCCACGCCUUGUUCAUGAUUUUCUCCCCAUACUCACGGCCAUGCUGGUCCCACUCGACUCCUACCACGGGCAUCAGCACACCAUCCUGGCAGUGGGGCCAUGCUGGUCCCCCUCGACUCCUACCACGGGCAUCAGCACACCAUCCUGGCAGUGGGGGUGGACGGCAAAAGCAGCAACUGACUGGCAGCAACACUCCAUCAUCCAUCCCAUCCCCAUGCAUUGCUCGUGCGUUUCUCCCCAUACUCACAGCCAUGCUGGUCCCCCUCGACUCCUACCACGGGCAUCAGCACACCAUCCUGGCAGUGGGGGUGGACGGCAAAAGCAGCAACUGACUGGCAGCAACACUCCAUCAUCCAUCCCAUCCCCAUGCAUUGCUCGUGCGUUUCUCCCCAUACUCACAGCCAUGCUGGUCCCCCUCGACUCCUACCACGGGCAUCAGCACACCAUCCUGGCAGUGGGGGUGGAUGGCAGCAGUGGGGCGACAUGGAGUGCGGCGAUGGACGGCAGUCUCAUCAUGUGGGGGGGCGAUGGCAAGCCCCGCCAGUCUCUCCUGCUCGGGUCACAUUACGUGUGUGGCAUGGACCUUCUAUACUCGCCCUCCUCCCUGCUGCUUGCAGCUGCUCCCAGAGAUGACAUGAGUGAGGGUCAAGCAGCCGCCAACCCCGUUGCCCCUUGCAUCCUGCAACUCACAGGGGACGAGGGGGCAGGGGGAGGGGGCGGAGGGGGAGGAGGAGCGGGAGGGGGAGGGUGGCAAGUGACGGGGCGGCUGGAUCGUAACCAGACGAGUGUGAUAUCGUGUAUCAAGGCCAUAGGCAUCCAUCCUGACAUGGCAUUCAUCACAGCUGAGAGCAUGGCUCCAUCCGACGGCUCUCCUGCCUCCCCUCGCGACCGCAUCUGCUGCUACGACCUUACGGGGGCGCCCUUCUCCAGCCUGCACCCCGUCAGGCAGUACACGGAGCACGAGGAUCUCAUCACGUGUCUCACAGUCUUCCCCCCCAACCCCAACCUCUUCCUCUCUGCCUCUCGGGACGCCACCAUUCGCCUCUGGGAUCGCCGCACUUCCAACGCUGUUGCUCUGCUUGGCUCCCCCUCCUCUUCGGGCCGCCCCCAGGCCCAUGCGGGCAUGGUAACCGCAUUGGACGCAUGCCCUGCAUCUGUUACAGUAGCAUCAGGCGGUAUGGAUGGUUACCUAAAGCUCUGGGACCUGCGCUCUCUGCACUCCCUCGGGAACUCCCCGCCUCUCGGUUCGCUGAACCUGGACGAAUCCCCCAUUCUCAAGCUGGCCAGUAGCAUGCUGCCAGGUGUCGUCGCUGUGAGCACUGUGCGGGGGUUGUACUUGGCUGAUUUGAGUGGCAGUGUGGGGCCGAGUGGAGGAGGCAGUGCCAGGCUGGCAGGGGGUUUCCAGGAUGGCCGGCAGCCCGGGCGGUAUCAUGACAUCAAGUGGGCGCAUGGACGGCGGCUGCUGUUUGCUGGUGGGGAUGCAAUGCGGGUGGAUGUUUAUGGGUUGCAAUGA